AUGGAGACUCCACCAACGAAGGAGCUUCUGACGAAGAUGCUAGAGCUCGAGGAGAGUCACGAGCGCCUAAAGCACGAGAUGUGUAGGCUGAAGGCCGUAUCCACCGAACAUGGUCAUUCGGUGUCGCCGGCAAAGAGAAACAUCGACCAGGGAGCUCUGGCGUUGAGGAACAGCUGCGCCAACUCGUUGCGGAAGGAGAGCAGUAUCAGUCUGAGAGCUAGAGUCGGUGGAGGAGCAGGACCAUCGGCAGGGAGGUUCACCCAUCAACAGUAUUUGAACAUUGUGCAGUCGAUGGGCCAAUCUGUUCAUGCCUUCGAUCUCAAAAUGCGAAUUAUCUUUUGGAAUGCCAUGGCGGAAAAGCAAUUUGGAUACUCAGCUGCAGAAGCAGUUGGGCAGAACCCAAUUAAUGUUAUGGUAGAUGAUCAGGAUGCUGCCCUUGCCAUGAACAUUGUUCAACGUUGUUUCAGUGGAGAGACCUGGACCGGUGAGUUUCCUCUCAGGAGCAAAUCAGGGCAUAGAUUUUCAGCUGUCACUACGUGUUCCCCAUUUUACGAUGAUGCUGGUUCUCUUGUUGGCUUAAUUGCUCUCACAAGUAACGCCGCGCCAUAUCUGCACCCUUGGGCUAAGUUAAAGGCAAAACAAGGUGAAAAAAACUCUAGCCCUGUAAGUAUUUUCGUAUCAAAACGUGGUUUGGAGUCCAAAGGAGCUGUUUUAUCGAAACUUGGACUUGACUCUCAUCAGCUUAUACAAGCUGCCAUAGCAUCAAAGAUAUCAGAUUUGGCAUGCAAGGUGAGCAACAAGGUCAUGUCGAAAAUGCUAGCAGGUGACAGUAUGGAGAACAGAGCAUUAAACGGCAGCAGAUUGACAAGAGAACAGAAAGGAAAGCAGAAGAUGGGCCACGAGGAUGAAAAGCCCAGUCAACAAUCAAACUCUAGUGGCCCAGAAUUCAAAUCAACCGCGCAACGGCUGUCUUGGAAAUGA